AUGGGCAAGCAGAUAGCUGAAAUGGUAUCGAAGUGCACCGUAUGUCUUGAGCACAGAAAGGAGAAUACCAAAGAGCCUAUGAUACCUUUCAAAGUACCAACCAUACCUUGGGAGGUGGUGGCAACAGAUUUAUUUAGUUUGGACAACUCGGACUAUCUACUUAUUGUUGACUAUCUUUCCAGGUACUUUGAAGUUGUUAAGUUACCAGACACAAAGAGUUCAACGGUUAUCACGUACACCAAGUCGAUAUUCUCCCGACAUGGGAUUCCUGCAGAAGUCGUAAGUGAUAAUGGGCCACAAUACUCAUCUAGAGAAUUUCAAGCAGUGGCAGAAAACUGGAAAUUCAAGUAUACGACA